AUGAACUUAUCGCUUGAUACCAUUUUAAUAAAUGCCCGUGAACUCGUUUCGCGAUUACGUCGUGACGAUGCGACUGCCGAUACAGCCGUAAGUCAAGCUCAAUACGUUCAAGAGAAGAUUCUAAGCAUGAAGCAGUACGGUGAUGAUCUUGCUGAAUUGAAUGACAUAAGUACACAUCGUCCGAAACAAGCUAUACUUUACAAUAUUCAAAAAGAAAAUCGUCUGAUAAAACAAUUACAAAAGGAGAAUGAAGAAUUAAAGCAAUUAGUCACCGAACAUCGAAGUGUGCUAGAAAAAAUCAUGUUUAAAUACCGACAACAUGUUCAACAACUACAAUUAAUGGAAGAGAAAGAAAAAAUGGCGGUGCAAUUAUUCAAUACUGGUCUGUCGCAGGAGAUUCAAGAGAAAGCAUCAAAAAUUCAAGAAAUGGCAUCAAUUAUGCAACGUGCAAUUACUAUUGAUGAUACGAACAGUGCCACACAAGAAAAACGUAUCAAUGCUUUAUUAUUAGAAAAUCGUGGGCUGAAAGAAAUACUUGCUGUACAUGAAAAUAUGCAUUCGCACAAACAAUUACCUCCUGUUCCAGCGCAGUCUCAAGCAAAUGAAUUGACGACACAAUCUAACACGAAUGCAUUGACAACGAAUAUCAUUUAUCGUUUUGCGUUCUUGAUCGAUGAAAAUAAGACAAAAACGAUUAUCUUCUGGACUGAGCAUAUUCUCGUCUUAUCCAUCGGUACAAGUAUCAUCUUUGCAAUGAUAACCGUUCUUGGAGUGAUCUACUGGUGUUCGAGAUAUCAACGAUUGUCGAAGAAAAACCAUUAUGAACCAUCGGAACUGACUCCUUUCUCAUCGGUUCACCAUGCUCAAACGAAAUCAAAGGAAACGAUUACAUAUCCAAGUUCACCAAAAAUUCCAACGAGUAUUAUGGAACAAUCGUAUUCGUCAUCUGAUCGUGAAACAGUGAAACCUGUUCGAAAGAAAAAUUUGUUGCAAAGAACGACCGAACGGUUGAGUGAUCAGUUAGAAAUAUAUAUGAAUUCGCGAGGAUCGAACAAUUCGUUGACGAUAUCAGUCACGCCAAUACAAUUGCGCUUGAACAGUCCGCCAACAGAUUCUCCAUCUGAUGAAUACCUGCAAACAGCAACACGUCAACUGACGAUCGAUGAACUGCAUCAACACGCGCAAGAUACUCGAGCACUCUAUCAAGAGUUUUGGUCCAUACCAACGAAUCAUUUGGAAAAACUCCGUAUUUACGGUGCUGGUAUCAAAAAUCGUUAUGGCACAAUCAUUGCAAAUGAACAUUCUCGAGUGAAACUCUCUGAGUUAUCCGGUGAUUCAAUUUCAUCGUAUAUUAACGCCAAUUAUAUACAUGAUUGGCCUAACGGUGAACGCGCUUUCAUAGCUACACAAGGUCCACUUUCAAAUACAAUCAUUGAUUUUUAUCGAAUGAUUUGGCAAGAACAUGUCCCGGUUAUUGUUAUGAUUACUCGCUUAAUCGAAAAAAAUAAAUCAAAAUGUGAACGAUACGUUCCCGAUGCUCAAUCUGAACAGUAUGGUCCAUUUCAUGUCGAAGUGAAAUCGACUCUUUAUCAAACUGAUUAUGAAAUACGAAGACUAACAAUCAAAUACGAAAACGAACAACGUGAUAUUGAUCAUUUCUGGUACACAGCAUGGCCUGAUCAAUCAUGUCCAGACGUGACUAAACCGUUGAUCGAACUUGUACAAAAUGUAGAAAAUAGUCGAAAAGAACUAUCCAGGAUUAAUCAAAAUCCUGGUUCUGUUGUCGUUCAUUGCAGUGCCGGUAUUGGUCGUACAGGUUGUUUUAUUGCGUUGAGCAAUGGCAUUAAACAACUAAAUAUUGAACAUGUUGUUGAUGUUGUACGAAUACUUUGUAAUUUACGACGCGAUCGUGGUGGAAUGAUCCAAACGCAUGAUCAAUAUCAAUUUUUGUAUCAAGCUUUAAGUGAUUACGCACGAACAUUGAAAUAA